CAGUGCCAGUAAGUAGAAACAUGUCCAGGCCAACGGGGGGCGGUGCCAACGAUGUCACCCGCUUCCUAUCAUCAGGGGCGGGGCCGGGGUCUCCUACCUCCAACGCUGUGUUCACUGCCGCCAGCCAAGCCGACUGGGCAGCUAAGAGGCUUGUGUGGGUGCCGUCGGAGAAGCAUGGCUUCGAGUCGGCCAGUAUUCGGGAAGAGCGCGGCGAUGAGGUGGAGGUUGAGCUGACAGACAGCCAACGACGGGUCACCCUGUCCAGGGAGGAGGUGCAGCGGAUGAACCCCCCACGCUUCAGUAAAGUGGAGGACAUGGCCGACCUCACCUGCCUCAACGAAGCGUCGGUGCUGCACAACCUGAGAGAGAGAUACUACUCUGGCUUGAUUUAUACAUAUUCAGGGCUCUUCUGUGUCGUGGUGAACCCUUACAAGAACCUGCCCAUCUACACAGAGUCCAUCGUGGAGAUGUACCGGGGCAAGAAACGCCACGAGAUGCCCCCUCACAUUUACGCCAUAUCAGAGGCCGCCUAUCGCAGCAUGCUACAAGACAGAGAAGAUCAGUCAAUCCUCUGCACAGGCGAGUCUGGAGCUGGGAAAACAGAGAACACAAAGAAAGUCAUCCAGUAUCUGGCUCACGUUGCCUCCUCCCAUAAGAGUGGCACGCUGGGUAGAAACAAGGAAGCUUUACAGAUGGAUGGCUCUAGGUCCUUAACAAGAGGCAGUACCUUGGUGAACAGGAGUAUGCAAUAUGUGAGUAUGACAGUAUUCAGACAACUUGGGGUUUAUUCACUGUGGGCUAGAAACUUUCCAUGUACAAUGUUUUCAAGAGCUCAUAUGAUAUAUAAUGAGACUCUGUGCAUAGUGCUCUUUUUGACUUUUAUCUUAAUAAAUCUAGAUUUUCUGGGUCUCCAGCUUUUCUUCUAUUCUUCUCAGUGGCUGGCAGAGCUCCGUAAGCAGUCAGAGGAGGUGAACACUGCGGUGGAAGCCGGAGAGGAGACGCGCAGGAAACUCCAGAGAGAGCUGGACAGCGCCAUCCAGAGGGAACGUCAGAAGGAGGAGGAGAAGGAGAGAGUGGAGAGGCAGAGGGAGCGACUGAGGGAGGAGAUCGAGGAUAUGACCCUUGCCCUGCAGAGAGAGAGACAGAACUGCACAGCUCUGGAGAAGAGGCAGAAGAAGUUUGACCAGUGUCUUGCAGAGGAGAAGGCGGUGAGCGCUCGGCUGGCAGAGGAAAGGGACAGAGCAGAAGCAGACAGCCGGGAGAAGGAGACAAGAUAUCUGGCACUAUCACGAGCCCUGCAGGAGGCCCAAGACCAGAGGGAAGAGCUAGAGAGGGCCAACAAGCAGCUCCGUCUGGAAAUGGAACAGCUUGUAAACCAGCAGGAUGAUGUCGGCAAGAACGUCCACGAGCUGGAGCGGACCCGCAGGACUUUAGAAACAGAAGCUCAGAACCUGCGAGUUCAGACGCAGGAGCUGGAGGAGGAGCUUUCAGAGGCGGAGAACUCGAGGCUGAGGCUGGAGGUCACCCUGCAGGCGCUCAAGGCACAAUUUGAGAGGGAGAUAAGCACGAGCGAGGAGAAGGGAGAGGAGAAGAGGAGGGCGCUCAGCAAACAGGUGAGGGAGUUGGAGAUCCAGCUGGAGGAGGAGAGGAGUCAGCGGUCUCAAGCUGUGUCAUCCAAGAAGCAGCUGGAAGCAGAACUGCAGGAAGCCGAGGCUCAGGUGGAGACAUCCAGCCGUGGAAAAGAGGAGGCUAUGAAGCAGCUACGGAGGCUGCAGGGUCAAAUGAAAGAAAUUUUGCGAGAGUUAGAUGAGACCAAGUUAACUCGGGAUGAAGUGAUCGCGCAGUCGAAAGACAACGACAAGAAGAUCCAAACACUGGAAGCAGAAGUCCUGCAGUUUACUGAGGAGCUUGCUGUGUCAGAGAGGCAGAGGAGGCAGGCUCAGCAGGAGAGAGACGAGGUGGCAGAUGAGAUGGUCAACAGCAGUGCUGGAAAGACGGCACUGUUUGAAGAGAAGCGGAGGUUAGAGGCACGAGUGAGUCAGCUGGAGGAGGAGCUGGAGGAGGAGCAGAGUAACUCUGAACUGAUCGCGGAGAGACAAAGGAAGACUGCUCUACAGGUGGAGACUAUGACUGUGCAGCUGCAGGGCGAGAGGACUCUGGCUCAGAAGGCAGAGGCGGCCCGGGAGCAGCUGGAGAGGCAGAACAAGGAGCUGAAGACCCGACUGGGGGAGAUGGAGGGAGCAGUGAGGGGCAAACACAGGCUCAGCGUCGCCGCCCUGGAGGCCAAGAUAGAGUCGAUGGAGGAGCAGCUGGAACAGGAGAGACAGGAACGAGCAAUGGCCAACAAACUGGUGCGGAAGACGGAGAAGAAACUGAAGGAGGUGAUGAUGCAGGCAGAGGACGAGAGACGACAUGCAGAUCAGUACAGAGAACAGCUGGAUAAAUCAAUGGUCCGCCUGAAGCAGCUGAAGAGGCAGCUGGAGGAGGUGGAGGAGGAGAACUCUCGCUCCAACGCUCAGAGGAGGAAGCUGCAGAGGGAGCUGGAGGAGCUCACCGACAGCGGUCAGAGCAUGACGAGAGAGAUCACCUCUCUCCGCAGCCAGCUCAGCGUCCCUGAAUGGAGAGCAGAUAAACGUGCUCCGUUGCCUCUGGCGAUGCGUGGACGCAGAGCGCUAGUCGACGACCUCUCAUUAGAGAACUCUGACUCGGAGGAGCCACCUGCCUCGCCGACUCCCUCCUCUGGACUCCCAGGGACCCCGACUCCCUCCUCUGAACACAGCCUGGACCCUCCACCACCCUACAGCGUCAACAACACAGAGUGAUGCACA